AUGGAUCCUAACCAUCCUUCAAACACCUCCUUUGUCCCCGGUCAUGUCACUCCUCCCAACCAACCCGUUCUCCAUGUAACACCUAUUAACGGGUCUAACAACGUCUAUUCCCAUCCCGAUUUCCAGCCUCAGCCUCAUUUCCAGCCCCGUCCCCAGUUCCAGCCCAUGCCCCAGUUCCAGCCCCGCCCUCAGUUCCAGCCCCGUCCCCAGUUCAUGCUCCGUCCCCAGUUCAUGCCCCAGCCCCAGCCCCCACUGCAGCAAACGCCUCCUUCUCGGUUAGCUCAUGUUCCGACACAGGCGCAGCCUUCGAUAAACUAUCCUCCUUACGACGACAUGAUUUGUGACGUAAUUAGGGACUUGAACGAACCGGAUGGUUCAAGCAAGUCGAGGAUCUCGAGGCGUAUCAAGAGAUCGAACGUCGUUUUGCCUCCUAGUCACUCGGUUUUGAUGACUUACCAUCUCAAGAGGUUGAGGAAGAAUGGCGUUCUCACCAUGGUUAACAACUUAUACAAGAUCGCUGCUGCUCCCCCUCCUCCUCCUCCACCUCCCCCUCCCCCUCCUCCACCUCCCCCGCAAAACGUUGCUGUUGCGGCAGAUCUGGAGGCUCCCAGAUCUGAGGUUCCUCCAAUGAACACCUCUCCGCUUGAUAUGCUUGCUGCCUCUGCUUCUGGCUUGGCUUUGGGCUCUCAGCCUCAGAAGCGAGGCCGUGGACGCCCUCCAAAGGCUAAUCCCGAAGCUCCACAAGAGCAGCAACCCAUCGAUGCUCAACCCGUCGCUGUCAUGUCUCCCGGACAGUCAAGCCGUGAGCAACCCGAGUUGCAUGUAGCAGAUUCGAACCAAGUGGUUACUGAGUCAGCAAACAGACGACCUGAUUGUCCAAGGAGGGGCAGAUCUGUUCCGAUCUCUCCAACUGCGGGUGCAGUUCUAGCUCUUCCAGCUCCGAGUACGUAUGCAAGAGGGAGGUCACCGAGUCGUAGUGACGCUGGGAGAGAAAGGAAGAGGCUAUGCAUAGGUGCAUCUAGCGGUGGAGUCGUCAUCGCUGCUCCAGCUGGUGGAGAAACUGUGGCGGUUGCGUCAAGGAUGAUGCGUGGACCUGGACGUCCACGUAAGGUGGUUAGGGGUAGACCCAAAAAGAGUACCACACCAAUCUCCACCAGGGAAGCUACUGGGACAUUGGAAUCUUCCCAUGGAGAACUCAAGAGAAAGCUUGACUUUGCUUGCGAGAAAGCAAAAGAAAUCUUGGAUGUGUUGAAAGCUGGUAUCGAGAGCAACGACUUCAUAGCAAUAUCGUCGCAAGCUAAACAGGAGCUGGAAGGACUAGUACCAAUUUUGACUGUGGAGACGCAUGGCGUGGGACAAGUGCAGCCAGACGCCGUGGAAGAAGUAGAAGCACGAGCGGUUGAAGAAGUGCAGUCAGAGGAGGAAGCAGCACAUACUGAAGCUGAAACCCAAGGAGAGGAACAUGGACAAGAAGUUGUGGAAGGAGAACAAGCACAGCCCCAUCCUUAGCCUUAGCCUCAGACCGAAGCUGAGGCAAUGCAAGGAGCCCUGAUCUGAGAAAGAUAGCCUAGA